UCCGGGAGGCUGGCCAGAUUGUCUGGACAGUAAACAUUCUGAAUGCAGCUGACAUCACAAGGUCCCACAAUUCCACUAGCCAGUGGGGUUACGAGUUUAAAAGAUGGAUGUAGUUGUCUUGCAUGCAAGACGAUUUCGCCUUUUAAAAACUUAACUACUUUUUUGUUUUCUUUUUCCUUACUUUAAAUUUUUUAAAUCAAUAUAACAAAGGAUUCGCUAUCAUUAUAGAAUUUUGUUAUCAAAGUAUGUUUUAGUAAAUUCUCCUUCCUUCUCCACCCCCUCUAAUCUCCCAAGUCCCACAACCUUUCCCAGUACCUUUCUACGUUGACAUACAUGUGCCCUUUGUCCUUUCCCACUAUCCUUAGCAUCUCUUUUUAUUAUUUAUGGGUCCCUUUUUCUAGUUUUCUGCUGGCUUCACCCACCUUUACACCCAUCUAUAUACAUCACAAACUAGAAUCUGCACCUAAAAAAAAGUCCAGUUUUUAAUCUUUCUGAGUUGGGUCCCCUUGUUUAAUAUUAUAAUUUCCACAGGUGUUAGACUAAUAAAACAGGGGAGAUGAAAAUAAAGUGGCAGAGCUGUAGCCACCUAGUUUUUGACAAACGUGUCAAAAGCAUACAAUGGGGGAAAUACAAAUAGUUGUAGCAACCGGGCCCCCACUGCGGAAGACUACAAUUGGACCUACUGUCUUUCACCUCAUGCAAAGGUCUCUUCAGAGUAGGUCAGAGACAGUCAAACCGAAAAUGCUGGAACUGCUAGAGGAAACAUAGAUAUACUUCAAGAUCAUAGCCAUAGUCAAGAACUUUCUAAGCAGAACUCCGGUCACUUGGGAAAUGGCCCCAGGAUGGAACUGCAUGAAAUUAAAGAGCCACUGAAUAGCAAAAGAAGUUACCGAUGGAGUGAGCAGGUAUCUCCCAGGAUGGCAGGAAGUCUACUCCACCUACACUUCAGAUGGGGAGCUAAUGGCGGGAGUUUGUUUGUUUUUGUUUUUGUUUUUGUUUUUUUGUCAUUCCUCGGUGGUCCGUCUUGGCUGAGAAUGCCCAGCCAGAAGGAAGAAUAUCAUAGAGCCAUAACAGUGAUGGUGUUUGUCCCCCAUUUUCUCUAUGAGUGUCAACUUUUCUGUGUUCCCACGUCUGGGACCCUCCGUCCUCUGGGUGGGAGUGACCAUCUUGCUUUUCUUCUUCCUAUUUUCCUGGCCUCUACCACUGAAUAUCUGUGUUGUUUUGUUCUACUGAUCGCAUUGUUUAGAGCAUGCUUUUUGCGACACUUUUGGGAAACAAUUUCAGUUUCUAAAAUGUGCAAAACUUAAAAUUAGUACAGAAACAUCCACAGACUGUGUGGCUAGAUCUUCCUGUUUUAACAUUUUUAUCCCAUUGUGUUAUCAGUUCCUCUUCCAGUCAUAAUUUAUGUGUACAUAUGUGUGUGUAUGCAUGCAUGAAUGUGUGUGUAUUUGUCUGUGUGUGUAUGCAUCUGUGUAUGUGUGUGUCUGUCUGUGUGUGUGUGUGAUUGGGGAUGAAACACAAGGUCUUAUGCAUGCUGGGUAAGCACUCUACCACUGAGCAACAUUCCCAGUUAAUGUGUUUUGUUUGUUUACUUGUUUUUUGAACAAUUUGGAGGUAAGUUUCCCCAUGUCCUUUUAUACCUAAAAACACUUUAACAUAUAUUUCCUAAGCUUAGGGAUCAGCUAUUGUUUCUAAUUGUUGGUGCUCUUUUAGGUAAGUGGCUUCCUCCAUCCUGCUUUGCUUAUUAAGGCAGUGUGCUGGUGAGACUGUGGAUUCUGGGGCCGCUUUGUCUCUCUGCCAUCCUUUCCCAUAUAACAACCUGGCACCCUUAGGAGGAUGUGGAAUAAGAAUGAAAGGUGAUUGUGACCCUUAGAAGAGGAGAUGCAGGUGUCCCAUUCUGGACAUCAUCAAAGCCCAUCAACUUAGAUACGUAGAAGUGCUUUGGAUGUAAAUGGUGAUGUGUUUACCUUAGCUGCAAAAAACAGCCCCAUCCUCAACUCCCAACUCUGGCCAAUUUUGUAGAGCAUGUCUGAGCAUUUAUUCCCAGCUACUUGAACAUUUGAAGGGAUAAGGGAACCUAACUUCCCUUCUGUUUCUCCCCAUGGUUGGUUUAGACUGCUAGAAUGUUUACAAUGUAAAUUAACAUUAAUAUUUUGGUGGCUCUAAGGUUGUUGGCCAUUUCCCUUGAGUCACCAUGGUGUAAACAAAGCUCGUGGGUCUGGGAGUCAGGCUUUGUGAUUUUGAAUCCCCUUCUCCAUCAGCUGCCUAUGUGGUGGGCAGCAGCCUCUGCCAUUUGGUUUUAGUACUGUUCCUUUAGACUGAGUUAGAGUGUAUGAAUGAAUGUCUUCCUGGCUGCAAUGUAGUAGUUUCCGUGUGAAAGGAGCAAAGAUGUGAGCUAUAUGCACAGGGUCCACCGGGUUUAGAAGUGUUUCCGUUACUAACUAGGUAGAUUCUUUUAAAUUCUUGUAAAGGGGGCCCAAAAUGUCCGGAGGGAAAUGGGAAGGCUGGCUUUUGGUUGUUUUGAAAACACGACCCUGUUUUGAUUUAGCUAUCGGAGAGUUUGUGGGAACUCGGUCUUUGCACAGUUUGCUAAAGCGGUUUGUGGCACAGCCUUUUUCGUGGGUUGUUGCUGACGGCUCAAACAGGAGAUAACCUCUCUCACAGUGGUUGGUCACUACAUAAACGUGUCUUUCUCUCAUUUGUUCCCCACCUGCCUUUCGAGUCCUUUUCUCGGACAGUUGACCACAGCAUGUUCGAGAACUUGAACACAACCCUCACUCCCAAGCUCCAGUCCAGCCGUUCCUUCCCCCACCUGUCCAGAUCUGCGGCGCCAAGCUCCGUCACCCCUGGCUCUGCAGAGGCAGGAGGACCAGGACUGAGGGUGGGCAGCAGCCAGCACCUUAAGAACCUGGGCAAAGCCAUGGGGGCCAAGGUCAAUGACCUCCUGAGAAGAAAGGAGUCCUCAAGCCUGGGCAGUGUGGGUGUGAUGGAGAUUAACAAGACUGUUGGGGCCCAGCUGCCUGGUGGGGAGGAUGUGGCCUGUGAAGCCUGGCUGGAGGAUGAAAGGUCAGUCCAAGAAGCCUUCCCUCUGCUGGAUCCUCCACCUCCCAUAACCCGGAAGCGAACCCCUCGGGCCCUGAAGACCACCCAAGACAUGCUGAUCUCAUCGCAGCCCGUCCUAAGCAGUCUCGAAUAUGGGACAGAACUGUCACCUGGGGAGGCCCAGGACUCUCCACCCACUGCUCAGCCUGCCUCUGCAGAUACUUCGAGGCCAGAAUCUACCGUUGAAAUGGGAGAUAAGGGAGAGGCUCUGCCCAAUGGUGAGGUGUCCCUCUUGGUACCUGACCUAAUACACAAGAACAGCCAGGAGGAAUCCAAGCUAAAGGCAACUGAGUGCAGAAAAGCCUCCUCCCCUGGCCCCAUUGAGAGGAAUGGCCUCAAGCUCAGCUUGAGCCCCAUCAGCCUGGCUGAGUCUUGGGAGAACAGCAACCCGCCUCCGCGGGCACGGACCUCCAGUCUUGAGCACGAGGGCCUUCACCCAGACCUGCUCUCCUUUGAGUAGUGUGUCUUGUCUUCCCAGCCGAACACGCUCUUCACUUUGUCCUCCACUGCACACCGGUCCUUUGUCCCAACUCUGCCAUGCCCCCAUCUUCCUCAUGGAAGGCACAGCAGAGCCCACUUUCUGCCUGAGCUGCUGUGGGACCAGAUGGCCACAAGUAGUCCCAGCGAAGGAGUCUGCAGAAUGGCAAAAGGAUGUGGGUGGCAUCUCUGAUCGAUCCUACUUCUCUGUAAGAUCCUCUGGCUGCUGUUGGAACGCAUCUACCCUCAGGCUUGUCCCAGUUUCCUACUGAAUUACAGGGCCACUGGCCUAGGAGGAUGGAUCCAGCAGGAAUUCUCUUUGCCUGUCUGAUCAGAUGCAUAUGCUGUCUGUUUUUAUCUACCCCCGACCCCACCAAGUCCUGAUUCUGUCCCUUUCUUCCAUAGUGGUCCAAGGACUGCCUGCCUUGAAGGAAAUACAGCUAGGGAGGAAUGGGAGGCUUGGUUUAGUGAUGGGAUCCUGCCUGGAAAGCUGCAACUUGACCACAACCUCAUCAUACUUCCUUUAGCCUCCAGGCCAUGUGGACCCCUAGCCACCAUCUUUCUUCUGUUUCUGGGUUAGGGCCAGAAAAGGUGCUUCCAAGGCCUGGGACCUUGAGGACUUCCUCAAAGGUUGAACCUCGUCACCAGGGUUCCAGGGUUUUCCUAUCCAGUGAGAUAUACCCCUGCCUCUCUGGGUAGGCACUUCGGGCAAUAGUAUGGGCAGUUGUGCUACGUUUGUGAAGAUAGAAUUUGGCAGGCCCCUGCGGAAGCAGCAGAGAGUGUUCAACAUUCAAGAGGAGAGCUUGGGAACAUGGAAUGGUCCUGUAAGAGCCAAGGGCGGAGAUCAUAGAGAAGAGUAAAGUGAGGACUGAGAAGGGCGUCACUGAGAAUCAGAGCAGCUUCUCAGGCCACUCCACACCAAGAAUGAGGCAGUGCCAGGGCCUGGGAACAGUAUGUGUGAGAGCCAGGGUGGAGCAUGUGAGAGACUGGAAUGCGGUGAGGACCGUGGUGGCAAAGUGGUUGUGGAAGUGAAAGUGCUUCUUUGUGUGUGUGCUGAAGGGUCCUGAGUUCCCUGCAGCAGCAGGCCUGCCCAGAGAUAUCCCCUGAGCCUCUGUCCUUUACCCGGGUGAUAACGAUCCUCCUCUGCUUCUGCCGGCAGGAUCUGUGUAAGGAACCAGCAAGGUUUAUCAACCCUUGACCAGUUCCUGCCUUCUAGGUUAACUUGCUUUGGGUUCUUUUCUCCCUCCAGGGGCCCUAGCAUGCUGUCUUCCUGUGGCCAGGAGACUCUGUAGUGAUCCCAGCCACGAGGGUCUUUGUAGCCAGAAGAGGACAUCCCUGGUCUCGAACAAGGAGGUCAGAGCCCCACAAGGAGGCUGGGGAUGGUGCACCCAGCCAGGGCAGGUCCUGUAGCACUCAUCUGGCUCUUCUUCCUGUGGUCUUUCCUUGGCUGCCUGCUGGGCUUCCCAUCUGGGAGACUGGGACUCCAGGCCUCGCUUCCCAGUUCAACAUCACCAGCAUGCUGCCCUCCUCCCAACCAGCAGACAUCUGAGCUAAAUCCUGCAGAACCAGAAUAGGAGGCCUUGGCCACUGGGAUCCCUGGGAUGAGGUUCCCCUCUCAUAUACUUGCUUAAGCAGCUGUAUGGCUCCAGCCACCUCUGCCCUGACCCUCUUCUCUCACCCCAUCUUCCAUUGCCACAGAGAACAAGACUUCAUCUCGCUGCAAAGUCCUGUCUCUUCCUCUCAUGAGGAACUGUGCAGCCAGGCAUCUGAAGGCCCCGAUGGAGUAUAUAGGAUGGUUAACACAUAUGUAGCACAUGUGCCUUGUUCCAAGAACAUCCCAAGGAUGUGACAUCUGACCUUGAAGUCAGAGAAGUCCUUAGGACUAGCAUUUGAGGACCUAUGAAUUUUCCCAGAAUGACUUGUGAUAUUAACCUAAAAUAGAGAGAGUCUGGGCUGUGGGGUGGAAAGCCUAAGCAUACACUAGAGAGCAAAUCCAAUGUAAUCUGAGCUCUCCAAGCCAGAAUCUUGGUUUGCUCCUCUGAUGGGAAGCUCAGCUGGUAGCUUCUCUCUGGGGCUGCCCUUCCCCAGAGACUAAGUGAUAAGGUUGCCUAGGACCAACAGCAUGAGGCUGGGCUUGCUUAAGCACCCAGGAUACUGCUAGAGUCCUGGCCCUCAGGCCCAGGAUUAGCCAAAACAUCCCAUCGUAUUGGCCCAGGACCCCUGAAAAGGAAACUUCUGAGUACUUUAGACUUGUUUUGGGUGUUGAAUUAGGUGUCAUGGAUGCCUGCACCAACUCCUAGAAUCUUGGUCAUCUCCCAGCUAUAGAAGUGAUGCUGCUACCUCAGGAGGGCCUUUGGGACUGAGCUGUGUCUUAGAUGCUGCAGAUGCUGCCUGGUGCUAGGGGGACCAGCAGGAACAAAUCCUCUUGAGGGCUUUGAUUCACCUCAGCUCUUCCAUUUAGUGCCCCAACAGGCUCACUGACCAUCCCAGCAGUCUGGACUGUAGUAUGGCAGCCUUCACAAUGAAUCAGGAUCCUCUGGGGGCUUGGUCUUUGGGUAGCUUGAUCUGCAUUGGGGCGGGGGUGGGGAGGGUCGUCAGGCAAAUGGGGAGGAAUGGAGAAUCUAACUUCUAUGUUUAAGAAGCUGGGGACUUGGAGCCUUUUUCUCCCCCACUUCUUUCCAGCCCCAUUGUAUACCCCCAUUCAGCCCAUAGCUUUACCCUGAUAGAUCACAAAGUCUGCUUCCAGAAGCCUGGAAAGAGGGUGUUCCCUCCCCAGUCCCAGCCCACACCUCUCUCUAGAAAUGUAUCUGUGAAUGUUCUGUAUCUGGGAGACGUGAAGACAUGUGUUUUUAUUCCAUCAUCUUUUACAGAACAAGUUUGGUCCCUGUUUGAAAGAACAAGAUUAUAGUUCUAUUCUGAGUAUUUUUUAGAGAGUUCGUAUUUAUAUUUUUAGAGUUUUUUUCUUGUAGAAGGAAAUUGCAUAAUAAAAUGAUAAUGUGUUUU